AUUCGCCAGCACCGCCUGAGUUGGUGCGACCGCUUUAGGGUUUCAGAAUUUUAUCCCUAAUAUGCUCCUCCACCUCUCUCUCUCAUUCGUGUGACGGUGUGAGAAGCUCUAGUCAUGGCGAUGGCUUUAGAUCGACCAGCUUCAGCGACGAAUCAGAAUCCCCCGCAUUCGAACAAGAUUCGAUGGGGAGAGCUCGACGAGGACGACGGGGAGGAUCUGGACUUCCUACUGCCGCCCCGUAUGGUAAUCGGUCCAGACGAGAACGGCGUCAAGAAGGUGAUUGAGUACAAGUUUAACGACAAAGGAAACAAGGUCAAGAUAACCACCACCACUCGGAUUAGGAAACUCGCUAAGGCCAGGCUUAGUAAGAGUGCUGUCGAGAGGCGAUCGUGGGCCAAGUUCGGCGAUGCUGUUCAUGAAGAAGUCGGUAGCAGGCUCACCAUGGUUUCCACCGAGGAGAUUCUCCUCGAGCGACCAAGGGCUCCUGGAAGCAAAGCAGAAGAAAUAAAAGUUGCUGGAGACCCCUUGGCAUCAAUUGCAAAGGGAGGUGCUGUUCUCAUGGUAUGCAGGACAUGCGGUAAAAAGGGUGACCACUGGACAUCAAAGUGUCCUUACAAGGAUCUUGCAGUACAGCCUGAAGGAUUUAUUGAUAAGCCUUCUGCAUCAGAAACCACGGUAGCUGCUGCCGGCACUGGUAAGUCGACGACCUAUGUUCCUCCAACAUUGAGAGGAGGUGGGGAUAGAAGUGGUACGGACAUGAAACGCAGAAACGAAGAGAACUCAGUUCGGGUCACCAAUCUGUCGGAGGACACUCGCGAACCUGACUUGCUGGAGCUCUUCCGCACUUUUGGCCCCGUAAGCCGUGUUUAUGUUGCUGUUGAUCAGAAGACUGGUGUGAGCAGAGGAUUUGGUUUUGUAAACUUUGUAAACAAGGAAGAUGCUGAGAGGGCAAUUAACAAGCUAAAUGGUUAUGGCUAUGAUAAUCUCAUCCUUAGAGUCGAGUGGGCGACACCAAGAUCAAAUUAAGAGUCUCGAACAGGCGUUAAUUGCUGAAGAGUGAAGACCUUGUGGGGUCUUUUUUUUCCCUUCUUCUUCUUCCUUUUUUCUUUUUUUUUUUUUUGAGUUUUGAACACUGUAUGGUUCCAAGCGUAUGCUAGUUUUUGUCAAGGUUCUGUUGCUAUUUAAGAAAUAUAUUGAGAUUGUUAUUUCGAGCAUCUGAACAAUAUAAUAUUUUAUCUUCUAUUA